CCCCGGGUGCCUUCUUGUAUUACUACCCACCCAAAGUUCCAAACCCAAACAAGAUCAAAAGAAAAAACAACCUCCUCCAAAUCCAAUUCCAAAUCCAAUCCUCCCCUCUCUUCCCCUGUUGAGAUCCUCUCUGCUUUUCUCUCAGGGAGUCCUUAUAGGCUAUAGUUGGGACCUCCUUGCAAAUGGCCACUCAUUUGUUUCCUGCCCUUCCUCUUUUCCUCUUCUCUCUCCUUAGCUUAUGCUUGCGUGGCACCUUCGGGGACUACGGUGGCUGGGAGGGCGGUCACGCCACCUUCUACGGCGGUGGUGAUGCAUCUGGCACAAUGGGGGGAGCAUGCGGGUAUGGUAACUUGUACAGCCAGGGAUAUGGAACAAACACUGCAGCUCUGAGCACAGCGCUGUUCAACAAUGGGUUGAGUUGUGGGGCGUGUUACGAGAUGAAAUGCAACGACGACCCCAAAUGGUGCCUCCCUGGAACAAUCACCGUCACGGCGACCAACUUUUGCCCACCCAACUUUGCAUUGGCUAAUGACAACGGGGGAUGGUGCAACCCUCCUCUCCAGCACUUCGACAUGGCCGAGCCUGCUUUCUUGCAAAUUGCGCAGUACAGAGCUGGUAUCGUCCCUGUGGCCUUCAGAAGGGUUCCUUGUGUGAAGAAAGGAGGAAUAAGAUUCACCAUCAAUGGUCACUCUUAUUUCAACUUGGUGUUGAUCACCAACGUGGCAGGUGCAGGGGAUGUUCACGCAGUGUCGAUCAAGGGAUCGAGAACAGGAUGGCAGGCAAUGUCAAGGAACUGGGGCCAAAAUUGGCAGAGUAACUCUUACCUCAAUGGCCAGACCCUAUCCUUCCAAGUCACCACCAGCGAUGGAAGGACCAUCACUAGCUACAAUGUUGCCCCCGCCGGCUGGCAAUUCGGCCAAACCUUCGAGGGCGCCCAAUUCUAGCUCCCUGGCCUCAGUCUAUGCCUCUAUGCCUCCUCUACCAUUACCACCUCCAAUCUAAUCUGCUUAAUUAUCACUCUGUAUAUCUACAUUUCUUUCUCUUUCUUUAAUUUCUUCGAUUAGUUGGCAUACAUCAGUGUAGUUGUAGGGGAAGGGAAGAAGCUCUCUGGGAAGACGUGGCCUUUCGAUGCUGAGGUUGCUAAUUAGCCACCCGCAAUGGCCAAGCCUUUUUAUUUAUUUUAUCAUUCAUAUAUAGAAAAAUGGUAGAGAGAGUCUGAGAGUCUUAGUCUGAGCGAUGAGUACCAGCAAAAUAGAAAAAGCGCGAGAAAAGAAGUAUAUAUAGGAAUUAAAUUAUAGUUCCCAGUUGAUUGAAAAUCGAGUGGGAGGGUGUGAAAAUAAUGUACUUUUCCAUUUUAA